UUUCAUUCACUUUCUUGAUAAAGGUUCCAUUUUACUAAAAGUGCUACAGUUUUAGGCUUGUUUUUAUUUAGCACAACUUUCAGUGAAGUCUACCGAUGCAAUUAAAUUUGAGUGGGAUUAUCAAACUAUGACCUGUUGAGGAGAGAUGCAUGAGGAAAUGUAGAAGAUAAAAUUAAAUGAACGGGUGUUGAUUUAAAAGAGAGUGAGAGUGAACGCGCGAAUUCGAAUGUUCAUUUGAACCAUGGACCAGUGAUACAUUAAGUGGACAGUUCAGUUCAGUUUGUGUCAUCGGCUCUGGCAGCCGCCUAGUGUGCGCUGAGGCUACGCGUUGUACGGCCAGUACCGUAGUAUUUGUACGUAGGUGUCACGAUCCCACUCAUAAAUGCAAUGUCUCGCUGUUUUCUCGCCAUAGAUUGAAAAGACCUUCGCGCGACACUCGCUGCUCUCGAUGAUAUUUAAUUGAAUGAACUCGGCGAAGUCCUCUUAGUUACUUCGAACUCGUGGAACAGCAAACAAGUGAUCUCCCUCUCCUGCGAACUUGCCGUAGUAAAUCGCGCAGCUUAAACAGUGUACUAACCGCAAAACAAGUGCUACACACCGCUGAUGCUCUCGCACUGAUGACCUCAUUGAGAUCUGCGAAACUGUGAAUAAAUAAGAAGAAAAUUAUAAAAGUGUAUUUAUCUAUAUUAAUGAGUGAAUGCUUUUGGAACGAAAAGUGAAGGCAUGAGAUAAAGUGUGUUUAAAGUCUAAGUCUAUAAGUGAUCGAGUGCAAGCGAAAAUUGAUUGAUUAUUAUUGUGGUGUUUCAACUUCCAAGAUGGGCUUGAACAAACGAGACAAACAGGAUAAGCUGAAAAGCCAGAAUUUAAUUGAUGCAGAAAGAUCGUUUCAUUCUGCUGUUAGCAGCAUGGAACAUGCUGCUACUGACGUGUCAAAUGUGAUCACAGAGCAGCACAAUCCCCCAGUGAAUAUAAGUGGUAGCAGCAGAAUGCAGACUGCAUCUUCAAGUUCGUCCAGUAAAAUGUCGAAUUCCAAGACAGUGCGAAAUAGUAGUGCAAAUUCAACCACAAUUAGCAGUGCCAUAAAUGAAAAGCAAUCGUCAAAAUCUCAGGUUAUGAGUAGUGAGAAGUUUAUAAGUGAAUCAAGUUCUUCGCAGUCUCAAAAGUCGGUACAUGUUGCCGAAUCAAAAACCGUAAACUUAUCAUCUUCAAUGGGAACCGCCCUCAAUACCAGUACAUUCCACAAAAAAGAUUUCGACGUGCAAUCCAUAAAGUCUGAUAUGGAUCUGAAAGAUUCAGUUCUUGAAUUUGAGAAGCAGCUUAAAGACACCGGAAAUGAUUCCUUCCUUCAGAGUAGCGAAUAUCACGUUGCGGGUUCUUCUGGUGGUGCGAAACAUUUCUCGGAUAGUCAAAGUUAUUCGUUUUCUGAGAAAACAGCUCCGACCACACAGAUCAUGUACGACUCGGCAGGGAAUAAAAUCACCAGCACAACAGUAAGUUCCAAGUCAGGAGGAAAUAUCAUACAAAGCCGAAACAUCCAAGACUCGAGCCAUUCCGUUAUAAAUUCGUCGGCCAUCACGUCAUCUUCAGUUGAACAAAAAAGUUCGUCAAACAUUGUGAACAUCUCCAAUAUAAGUGAUACGCUAGAUAAUUCAUUCCAUAAAUCUAUGACAUCAAAAACGGAUAGUAAGGAUUAUGGCCUGAAAGUGGGUAGUCAGUUUCAGGACAUUGGAAAUUAUUCCGUUAUUCACGGUGGAUCUCUUCAUGUGGAUGAUACCGGAAACACUAAGACUUUCUCUGAUAGACAAAGUUAUUCUUUUGCUGAAAAAAUCGCUCCCACAACGGAGAUUAUUUAUGACACAUUGGGAAACAAAAUCGUCAGCAACAAAUCGUCUUCCAAAUCGGGAGAAACAAUCGUUCAAAGUAGUAACAUUCAAGACUCGAAUCAUUCCUUGGCAACUAGUUCUUCGGUUCAUGUUUCGUCCUCAAAGCAGCAGAAAACUUCGUCAAACGUUGUCAACGUUUCGAACAUUCACAGCGUUGAAGCGAACGAUUCCAUAAUCGAUUCAAUGACACUGGAAAAUUAUAAGAUUCAAGACAAUGUGACUCAAUCAAAUAUGCUUCCGAAGAGCGCCUCAGCGCAUACUAUCGCCAGCAUUUCAUCCGCCCAUGAUUCCCAAUCGAAUACUAUUCAGAGCACUCAAUUAAUGACCGAAUCGAGUCAAGAUGUAUCAUCAAGAACGCAACACUCUGAAUCAACGAAAAAUUAUGAAAAAUCAUCGCACUAUGAGCAAAUGGAUGAAAAAUCCAGAUCACGGAAACAAGUCACUGACUAUCACGAGCAGCGUGAAUCGAAUGCUGCAAUUUUUAAACGUAAAACGUAUGAUGAAAAAGUGAAACGACUCAAUCUCGUGGAUGAGAAAGUUGUUUCCAGAGAUGCGAUUAUUCAGGAUAUUGAGGAUGACGUAACGAAUGUCACGAAAACAUCUUUCGAAGCAAAACUGUAUAAUCCAAAACUAAAACGGUGGGAAUUGGUAGACCAGAAAACUGUUCUGGAGAAGGAUAUCACUGUCACUAUUCCAGAAGAAAUAGUGCACGAGUUAGAAGUAGAACGUCCUGAGCUUGCAAAUAUUACAACCACAAUUCAACUGACAAAGGUUUAUGAUGCGAAUACUAAACAAUGGAAAACUGUAGAUCAAAAAAAGUACACAGAUGUGCUUGAAAAAAUCAGCUACCUUGAGGAAAGUAGUGGACGAACCGAACUGAAUGAAUCGGAGAGGGUGCGAAACUUGCAAAGUAUUGACACAGUGGAUAAAGUUGUUGUCCAAGAAAUAAGUGACCUUAGUGAAGAGAACCGAAGACUCAGCAAGAUUAAGAAGCAAACGGACAAAAUUGUGAAAGAACAAUGCAUCUGUGAGAUCUGUACCUGUGGUCGUCACAAUUGCUUCAACUGUGGUGGUGCAACAACUCAAACAUCUUCGAAAACAGCUACUGUCAGCAACACUGAGAACUUUUAUCAGAAAGAAACGUCUGAACUGAAUGAAGAGAGUACGUUUGUUAGGCGACGCACUUGGACGAAGGAAGAUGCCGAUGAGUAUUUAAGUCGCACACAAGCUACAUCCAUCGAACGCAGCAGCACAGAGCAAAAUGUAACCAAUCGCAGACUAACGUGGACAAAGGAAGACUUUGAAAAAAUCGACAUAACUAAACUGAGGGAAGAUUCAUACGACAUAGUGAGACAAAAACCAAUACGACCAGAAGAUAAUCUGAGACCAGAAGGUGACUUUCAGAGGCCAGAGAAAACUACGUUUCGACCAGCUGAACGUCCGAAACAAAUUCGCCCUGAAGAUAAUUUGCGACCAGAGGGUGAUUUUGAACGACCAGAUAAGUCACCGUUUCGACCAGCCGAACGCCCCAAACAAAUUCGCCCUGAGGAUAAUCUGAGACCUGAAGGAACAUUUGAAACACCGGAAAAACAAAGAUAUCAGCCUGGCGAACGUCCGAAACAAGUUCGACCUGAAGAUAAUUUGCAUCCCGAGGGCGAGUUUGAGCGGCCAGAAAAAUCACCGUUCCGACCAGCUGAACGUCCCAAACAAAUUCGUCCAGAAGAUAAUUUGAGACCUGAAGGGGCAUUCGAGACUCCGGAUAAACCAAGAUAUCAACCUGGUGAACGUCCGAAACAAAUUCGUCCGGAUGAUAAUCUGCGUCCAGAAGGUGACUUUGAUCGACCAGAGAAGUCACCAUUCCGGCCAGCUGAACGUCCGAAACAAAUUCGUCCUGAGGAUAACUUGAGACCUGAGGGAACAUUUGAAACGCCGGAUAAACCGAGAUAUCAACCUGGUGAACGUCCGAAACAAAUUCGGCCGGAUGAUAAUCUGCGUCCAGAAGGUGACUUUGAUCGACCAGAGAAGUCACCAUUCCGGCCAGCUGAACGUCCGAAACAAAUUCGUCCUGAGGAUAACUUGAGACCUGAGGGAACAUUUGAAACGCCGGAUAAACCAAGAUACCAACCUGGCGAACGUCCGAAACAAAUUCGUCCGGAUGAUAAUCUGCGUCCAGAAGGUGACUUUGAUCGACCAGAGAAGUCACCAUUCCGGCCAGCUGAACGUCCCAAACAAAUUCGUCCAGAAGAUAAUUUGAGACCGGAAGGAACAUUUGAAACGCCGGAAAAACAAAGAUAUCAGCCUGGCGAACGUCCGAAACAAAUUCGUCCGGAUGAUAAUCUGCGUCCAGAAGGUGACUUUGAUCGACCAGAGAAGUCACCAUUCCGACCAGCUGAACGUCCCAAACAAAUUCGUCCAGAAGAUAAUUUGAGACCGGAAGGAACAUUUGAAACGCCGGAAAAACAAAGAUAUCAGCCUGGCGAACGUCCGAAACAAGUUCGACCUGAAGAUAAUUUGCAUCCCGAGGGCGAGUUUGAGCGGCCAGAAAAAUCACCGUUCCGACCAGCAGAACGUCCCAAACAAAUUCGUCCAGAAGAUAAUUUGAGACCUGAAGGGGCUUUCGAGACUCCGGAUAAACCGAAAUACCAACCAGCAGAACGUGCGAAGCAAAUUCGGCCGGAUGAUAAUCUGCGUCCCGAGGGCGAAUUCGAUCGACCAGAAAAGUCUCCCUUCCGUCCAGCUGAACGUCCUAAGCAAGUUCGUCCAGAAGAUAACUUAAAACCAGAGGGUGAGUUCGAGCGUCCACAACCAAUCGUAUUUGGUAAAGUGGAACGAUCCCAAAUCGUAAGACACGAGGAUAACUUGCGCCUAGAAGGAACUUUCGAGAGAACUGAAAAAAGUGUUUAUAUCUCUGGGCAACGUCCAAAACCGAUUAAACCUGAUGAUAAUUUGAAAACUGAAGGUGAAUUUACAACUCCUGAAAAGCAACAAUAUCGUCCUGCUGAGAGACCAGAGCAGGUUCGUCCGAAAGAUAAUUUGAGACCCGAAGGUGAAUUCGAACGUCCAAAACCAGUAACUGUUGGCAAAGUGGAGAGAUCGCAAAUAAUACGUCAUGAAGAUAAUUUCCGUAUUGAAGGUAGCUUUGAACGGACUGAAAAAUCUGUGUAUAUUGCUGGAGAGAAGCCGAAACCAAUUAAACACGACGACAAUCUACGACCAGAGGGAGACUUCGAACGACCAGAAAAGUCUCCGUUCCAACCAGCUGAACGUCCCAAACAAAUCCGUCCUGAGGAUAAUCUUAGACCUGAGGGAACAUUCGAGACACCGGAUAAACCCAAAUAUCAACCAGCAGAACGUCCGAAACAGAUUCGACCCGACGAUAAUCUACGUUCUGAAGGCGAAUUCGAUCGACCAGAGAAGACUCCGUUCCGACCAGCUGAGCGUCCCAAACAAAUUCGCCCUGAGGAUAAUCUGAGACCGGAAGGAACAUUUGAGACACCGGAUAAACCCAAAUAUCAACCAGCAGAACGUCCGAAACAGAUUCGACCCGACGAUAAUCUACGUUCUGAAGGCGAAUUCGAUCGACCAGAGAAGACUCCGUUCCGACCAGCUGAGCGUCCUAAACAAAUUCGUCCAGAGGAUAAUCUGAGACCGGAAGGAACAUUAGAGACACCGGAUAAACCCAAAUAUCAACCAGCAGAACGUCCGAAACAGAUUCGACCCGACGAUAAUCUACGUUCUGAAGGCGAAUUCGAUCGACCAGAGAAGACUCCGUUCCGACCAGCUGAGCGUCCCAAACAAAUUCGCCCUGAGGAUAAUCUGAAACCGGAAGGAACAUUUGAGACACCGGAUAAACCCAAAUAUCAACCAGCAGAACGUCCGAAACAGAUUCGACCCGACGAUAAUCUACGUUCUGAAGGCGAAUUCGAUCGACCAGAGAAGACUCCGUUCCGACCAGCUGAGCGUCCUAAACAAAUUCGUCCAGAGGAUAAUCUGAGACCGGAAGGAACAUUUGAGACACCGGAUAAACCCAAAUAUCAACCAGCAGAACGUCCGAAACAGAUUCGACCCGACGAUAAUCUACGUUCUGAAGGCGAAUUCGAUCGACCAGAGAAGACUCCGUUCCGACCAGCUGAGCGUCCUAAACAAAUUCGUCCAGAGGAUAAUCUGAGACCGGAAGGAACAUUUGAGACACCGGAUAAACCCAAAUAUCAACCAGCAGAACGUCCGAAACAGAUUCGACCCGACGAUAAUCUACGUUCUGAAGGCGAAUUCGAUCGACCAGAGAAGACUCCGUUCCGACCAGCUGAGCGUCCUAAACAAAUUCGUCCAGAGGAUAAUCUCAGACCUGAGGGAACGUUCGAGACUCCGGAUAAACCAAAAUACCAACCAGCAGAACGUCCGAAACAAAUUCGUCCGGAUGAUAAUCUACGUUCCGAAGGUGAAUUUGACCGACCAGAGAAGACUCCGUUCCGACCAGCUGAGCGUCCCAAACAAAUUCGUCCUGAGGAUAACCUUAGACCUGAAGGAGUCUUUGAGACACCGGAUAAGCCGAAAUAUCAACCUGUCGAACGCCCGAAACAAAUUCGUCCAGAUGAUAAUCUACGUUCCGAAGGUGAAUUUGACCGACCAGAGAAGACUCCGUUCCGACCUGCUGAGCGUCCCAAACAAAUUCGCCCUGAGGAUAAUCUGAGACCGGAAGGAACAUUUGAGACACCGGAUAAACCCAAAUAUCAACCAGCAGAACGUCCGAAACAGAUUCGACCCGACGAUAAUCUACGUUCUGAAGGCGAAUUCGAUCGACCAGAGAAGACUCCAUUCCGACCAGCUGAGCGUCCCAAACAAAUUCGCCCUGAGGAUAAUCUGAGACCGGAAGGAACAUUUGAGACACCGGAUAAACCCAAAUAUCAAUCAGCAGAACGUCCGAAACAGAUUCGACCCGACGAUAAUCUACGUUCUGAAGGCGAAUUCGAUCGACCAGAGAAGACUCCGUUCCGACCAGCUGAGCGUCCUAAACAAAUUCGUCCAGAGGAUAAUCUCAGACCUGAGGGAACAUUCGAGACUCCGGAUAAACCAAAAUACCAACCAGCAGAACGUCCGAAACAAAUUCGUCCGGAUGACAAUCUACGUUCCGAAGGCGAAUUUGAUCGACCAGAGAAGACUCCGUUCCGACCAGCUGAGCGUCCCAAACAAAUUCGUCCUGAGGAUAACCUUAGACCUGAAGGAGCCUUUGAGACGCCGGAUAAGCCGAAAUAUCAACCUGCCGAACGCCCGAAACAAAUUCGUCCAGAUGAUAAUCUUCGUUCCGAAGGUGAAUUUGACCGACCAGAGAAGACUCCGUUCCGACCUGCUGAGCGUCCCAAACAAAUUCGCCCUGAGGAUAAUCUGAGACCGGAAGGAACAUUUGAGACACCGGAUAAACCCAAAUAUCAACCAGCAGAACGUCCGAAACAGAUUCGACCCGACGAUAAUCUACGUUCUGAAGGCGAAUUCGAUCGACCAGAGAAGACUCCGUUCCGGCCAGCUGAGCGUCCUAAACAAAUUCGUCCAGAGGAUAAUCUCAGACCUGAGGGAACGUUCGAGACUCCGGAUAAACCAAAAUACCAACCAGCAGAACGUCCGAGACAAAUUCGUCCGGAUGAUAAUCUACGUUCCGAAGGUGAAUUUGAUCGACCAGAGAAGACUCCGUUCCGACCAGCUGAGCGUCCCAAACAAAUUCGUCCUGAGGAUAACCUUAGACCGGAAGGAGCAUUUGAAACACCGGAUAAACCGAAAUAUCAAUCAGCUGAGCGUCCGAAACAGAUUCGUCCGGAUGAUAAUUUACGUUCCGAAGGCGAAUUUGACCGUCCUGAGAAAACUCCGUUCCGACCAGCUGAACGUCCCAAACAAAUUCGUCCAGAGGAUAAUCUCAGACCUGAGGGAACGUUCGAGACUCCGGAUAAAUCAAAAUAUCAACCAGCAGAACGUCCGAAACAAAUUCGCCCCGACGAUAAUCUUCGUUCUGAAGGCGAAUUUGAUCGACCCGAGAAGAUUCCGUUCCGACCAGCUGAACGUCCCAAACAAAUUCGUCCAGAGGAUAAUCUGAGACCUGAGGGAGCAUUUGAGACACCGGAUAAGCCGAAAUAUCAACCUGCCGAACGCCCGAAACAAAUUCGUCCGGAUGAUAAUCUACGUUCCGAAGGUGAAUUUGACCGACCAGAGAAGACUCCGUUCCGACCUGCCGAGCGUCCCAAACAAAUUCGCCCUGAGGAUAAUCUGAGACCGGAAGGAACAUUUGAGACACCGGAUAAACCCAAAUAUCAACCAGCUGAGCGUCCGAAACAAAUUCGUCCGGAUGAUAAUCUACGUUCUGAAGGUGAAUUUGACCGACCAGAGAAGACUCCGUUCCAACCCGCUGAGCGUCCUAAACAAAUUCGUCCAGAGGAUAAUCUGAGACCUGAGGGAGCAUUUGAGACACCGGAUAAGCCGAAAUAUCAACCUGCCGAACGCCCGAAACAAAUUCGUCCAGAUGAUAAUCUACGUUCCGAAGGUGAUUUUGAUCGACCAGAGAAGACUCCGUUCCGACCAGCUGAACGCCCAAAACAAAUUCGCCCAGAGGAUAAUCUCAGACCUGAGGGAACGUUCGAGACUCCGGAUAAACCGAAAUAUCAACCAGCUGAGCGUCCGAAACAAAUUCGUCCGGAUGAUAAUCUACGUUCCGAAGGUCAAUUUGACCGACCAGAGAAGACUCCGUUCCGACCUGCUGAGCGUCCCAAACAAAUUCGCCCUGAGGAUAAUCUGAGACCGGAAGGAACAUUUGAGACACCGGAUAAACCCAAAUAUCAACCAGCUGAGCGUCCGAAACAGAUUCGUCCGGAUGAUAAUCUACGUUCCGAAGGUGAAUUUGACCGUCCUGAGAGAACUCCGUUCCGACCAGCUGAACGCCCUAAACAAAUUCGCCCAGAAGACAAUCUGAGACCCGAAGGAACAUUCGAGAGUCCGGAUAAACCAAAAUAUCAACCAGGGGAACGCCCGAAACAAAUUCGCCCUGACGAUAAUCUACGUCCUGAAGGCGAGUUCGAUCGACCGGAGAAGUCUCCGUACCGAUCAGCUGAACGUCCCAAACAAAUUCGUCCAGAGGACAAUUUGAGGCCCGAAGGAACAUUCGAAACUCCGGAUAAACCGAGAUAUCAACCAGCUGAACGUCCAAAGCAAAUUCGUCCAGAUGAUAAUCUGCGUCCAGAAGGUGAUUUUGAGAGACCCGAAAAGUCUCCAUUCCGACCUGCUGAACGUCCGAAACAAAUCCGUCCUGACGAUAACUUGAGACCUGAAGGAACUUUCGAGAGUCCGGAUAAACCGAAAUACCAGCCAGGAGAACGCCCUAAACAAUUCCGCCCUGACGAUAAUCUACGUCCUGAAGGCGUCUUCGAGCGUCCAGAAAAGUCUCCAUUCCGACCAGCUGAACGUCCCAAACAAAUUCGUCCUGAGGACAACUUGAGGCCCGAAGGAACAUUUGAAAAGCCAGAUAAACCAAGGUAUCAACCAGCAGAACGUCCAAAACAAAUUCGUCCGGAUGAUAACCUACGUCCAGAGGGUAACUUUGAGCGUCCAGAAAAGUCACCGUUCCGACCGGCUGAACGUCCCAAACAAAUUCGUCCCGAGGAUAACCUUAGACCCGAGGGAACAUUUGAAACACCCGAGAAACCACAAUAUCGAUCAGUGGAGAGGUCCAAGAUUAUACGACACGAAGAUAAUCUAUAUUUGGAUGGUACUUUCGAACGAACGGAAAAAACGACGUACAUUGCGGGUGAACGACCGAAACCAAUCAAGCCGGAUGAUAAUCUCAGACCUGAAGGAUCCUUCACAACACCGGAAAAACCCAAGUAUCGACCAGCUGAGAUACCAAAGCAGAUUAAACCAGAAGACAAUUUGAAGCCUGAAGGAAUGUUUGAGACACCUGAUAAGCCUAAAUAUCAACCAGGUGAAAGACAAAAACCUAUUAGACAAACCGAUAAUCUGCGCCCGGAGGGCGAAUUCGAUCGUCCGGAAAAAUCACCAUUCAGACCUGCCGAAAGACCGAAACAAGUCAGACCUGAAGAUAAUUUGAAACCUGAAGGUUCAUUCGAAACUCCGGAAAAACCAAAGUAUCAGCAAGGCGAAAGACAGAAGCCGAUCCGUCAAGAUGACAAUCUACGUCCAGAGGGCGAAUUUGAGCGCCCAACGAAAGCUCCAUUCAAAUCAGCUGAACGUCCAAAACAAACACGACCAGAGGAUAAUCUCAAAUCAGAAGGAACAAUGGAUAUGCCUCAUAAGCCAAAAUACCAACCAGGAGAAAGGCCAAAGCCGAUUCGGCAUGGGGAUAACUUACGACCGGAAGGUGAAUUCGAGAGACCUGUGGAGAAACCUCAGUACCGACAAGCAGAGCGCCCAAAGCAAUAUAAACCUAAAGAUAAUUUGCAUAUGGAAGGAGACUAUCACUCAUUGACGGAAUAUAAGGAAACUAAGCAACGCAAAGAAGAUGAACUUAAACAAGUUCAUGAAAUUGAUCAAAUUCUUGAUGGAGCUGUGCUAGUUACUACACAGAAAGUCACGACUAUUGUCAAGGGUCAAAAACCGAAAGCUACGGGCAAAAAAGUUAUAACAUCGGAGACAGAGGAUAACACCAUGCUAUCUCAGACGAAUGAACGGCAUUACGAGUCCACUUCGCACAUAUCUCACGAUGAGAGUAGGGAGAAUCAAAUCAAUCAAAGAUACAUCGAUACAAGCGUUAAGAAAGAUACCGGACACGCACUCUCCCAUACAGCACAUGACACACAACGCCAUACCCAUUCUGAGAUUAAACAAACAUCCUCGAAGAAAUCGGUAUCUUCUGUUCAUUCUCAGUCUGCUACGAAUAUUUUGGGAGAUUCGAAUAUCCAAACAAUCUCCUCUCCAAGGCAGCAUCCCGAUAACCUGAAGCAUAUACAUGACGUGACGAACAUCGAAAAAACCUUAUCUCAGGCUGAGCGAAAUAUGAGGGAAAGUACACAAAGUAGCACGAGGAAAUCCUUUGCAAUGAACACAAUGUCUUCCGAAGAUUCGCAAACAAUUAAGGAUGUAUCGCAAAGCACCAGAAGUCAGACGUCAUCUAGGCAGAUUAUUUCAAGUAGUGAAAAAACAACAAAUGGUCACAUAACAUCUUCGGGUGAUGAUAUAACUGGCUUACCCCACGGUUCUUCACCACAUAUUCGCAAAACAUCACACGCACAUUACACUGGAUCCAAAGCUUCGUUGGCCAGCAAUAUCACGGUUAUCGAUGGGAAAGUCGUUACCGACAAAGUUGUAACUGAGAAGUCUGGAGUUGAAAAGGUUAUCAAAGACGGCAGGGUACAGGUUGAUACGGCAUUUGAUGAAAGACGAGUCACUGGUCACGACGAAAUAGCACAUCUACAGGAGAACACUGGAAUGAGGAAAGUGACAGUGUCGGAUAUCAAUUCCAAGAAAAGUCAGAUGAACGACAUUAUCCACACCUCGUCUCAUGACAACAAAGUAAACGAAAGCCAUAAAACUACUCAUGCUUCGGAUAUCGGAGAAAAAGUGCAAGUGAGAAAACUGGUUGCAGGCAAAUGGGUCACGAGAACGGUAACAAAGACUGGAUCCGAUAAGAGUGUUGUCGAACAGCAUGACAAAAAUUCGGUUGCUAAACAGAAGCACUCUUCUAUGACAACAGAACAAUCGAAUAAUAGUUUUGAUUACGAUCGUUCUAAUAUUUCUUCAGAACAAGUCGGAACAGUGAGAACUCAGGAACACUCUUCGGGAUCCAACAUUUCAUCGGCUAGUAAUACUAUAGUCAUAGAUGGGAAAGUUGUUACUGACAAAACUGUAAGCCAUGCAUCGGGUCAUGAUAAGUUUAUUGAAGAUGGACAAGUGAAAUAUAACAAAUCUUUUGACGACAGACGGGUCACUGGACAUGAUGAACUAUCCACCUUACAUAAAAGUACUGAUAUGAAAAAUGUGAUAAUGAAACACGACGAUCAAACGGUUUCCGGACGUACCAGUUCCCAGAAUAGUCAAAGUAAAACUAUUGUCAGCACAUCUUCAUAUGAAAAUAGCGGAAAUACAAGCAAUAAAACAACUCACGCUUCAGAUGUUGGGAAGCAAGUGCAGGUGAGAAAACUAAUUGGAGGCAAAUGGGUUACGAGAACGGUCACUGAGAACGGAACUGAUAAGCAUGGUGCCGAACAACAUCACAACAAUGCGAUUGCUACUCAAAAGCAUUCUUCUAUGGCAUCUCAACACUCUCAACAUUCUCAACAUUCAAAUGACAACUGUGAAAGCACUAAUAUUUCAUCAAAACAAAACGCCACAACGAAAAUUAUUGGAGGAAAGUUAGUUCAAAUGGCUGUAAGUGAUGGAAACAGUAAUGUUUCCACAAUGAAAACAAGUCGUGCAGACUCAAUGAAUAAUAUUAUCUAUUCUGAGUCAGUAGCUGCGAAAUCGUCAUCAAAUGUAAGUUCAUCGAUCCACCAAGAGUCAAGCCACGAGUCGUCGCAGAAUAUUUCACAGUCUGCUAGCACUAAACAGUUUUCGCGGAAAAGUGCAUUUUCAUCUUCCGACAAUGUUAAUAACGCUAUCCUUUGCCGCCAGCAGAAUUCAAAUGUUCAUCCUUCAGGUAGCAGUUUGAGUAUCUCCGGGUCGAUACAACGCAAGAGCAUAUCCAAUUUGAACGACAAUAACAUGUACUCGACAAAUAAUCGAACUAGUUACAGCUCAUUGCACCGACGUGAGAAAGAAUCGGUUGAUUCCAGAAUGCAAAACUACGUGAAAACUCUCGAGUCUGGAAGUAUUACAACACGUGCCAAACUACAACCAUGCCCGCCUCCAACGAUGACAACUCAAACGAACGCUAGCAGCACGAGUAGCAGCGCCAUUGGUCAACAUUCCACCAUGCAACAGACUAAAUCGUUGCGUGAUUAUCACGCAGCAUUGAACGUGACCAAAAGCUCAACGAAAGCAAAUGCGUCCAGCAUAUCUUUUGGUGACGAUAAUAAAUUCCACGGCACUAGCUCGUACAAGAUGCAAUAUGUGCAACAGAACGAUGGUCGCUGUCCUGCGCAUGCUAUUAAUGAUAACUUGAAGGUAUCCAAGGUUACUAAGCAACAUACCUACUAUGUGCGUGAUAGAAGAUAAUAAGAAUGGCGGAUUCAUCAAUCUUCGCAGAUGCGCAAAACAAUAACGGCUUUUUUUUUAUUGUUGCUUUGUUUACGAUAUACAACUAAACGACAGCAGAACUAUAAUAUUGUUACUAAUAUAACCCUUUAAUAGUUUGCUUCGAAAAAUAAAG